AACCUAAUAAAUAAAUCAAGUUGAAAAUAAAACAUUUAUAUUCUCUCGUUUUGUUUUGUUUGGCAAACAGUUCUAAUGUUUGCUUCUUUGUAGGUAUUUGAAACUCAGAGUUACAUAAAAACAAAAAGUUGUCAGUGAAACAGUUUUAAACUUUGGAAUUUUAAAGAACAAAUAUAGUCAUUUAAUUCAUAAUAAUUGUCGUAAAUAGUGGUCAGUGAUGUAAUUAUUGUCUCAAGUGUCGAAUAUCUAAAAAUAAGUGAUUUUUUUACAUCAAGAGUAAAGGGCAUUUCGAAGACUUAUAAAUCAAUAAACACAACAAAUGUGUGGUUAUUCAGUUUUUAAUUUAAUUCGGAAAUAGACUAAAAAUCGUGAAAGGUUAUUUUAUUCAAAAUAACCUAAAAUGAGGUGUAUCUUUAUAAACAACACUUGCAGUACAUUAUAAAUUGGUAGUUAUUUUAAUGUAGAUGAGUUUUAUCGUUUAACUAGUUCUAUUUAAUUGCAACAUAGUUUAGUAACAAUUAUGGAUUCGUCAACUAUACCUGUUUUACUUGUUACUGCUAAUGUUGGAUCUAUAUUUGAAGAUCCAAAUGAAAUGCUUAAAAUAUGGACUGAAGAAUUUUUAUCGACUGUCUCCAAAUUAGAUCCUAAAUUCAUAGGUUUACAUUGUCAAGAAGUGGGAGGUAAAAACUAUGAACUUAGUAUGAAACAUGUUGGUAACUUUGUUAAGUUAUUAAUGUCCAGCAAUGAAUUACGCUUAUUUGAUAAAAUUAGGAUCUUUUUAGAUGAAGAUUACAGUUCUGCUGAAAAUUUUACAGCGUUAGGGAAUUUAUAUUUUGUACAUCAAUCUUUGAACAAUAUUUCAAUAUGGGACUUCAAAAAUUGUGUAUUUACGCCCGUCCAAGGCCAAGAAAUACAUUCAGGUAACAUCGAGGCUGUUGUUACUAAAGAAAAAGCGAAAUUUCCACAAAAUUUUUUUCCCGAAUGUAAGUGGUCAAGAAAAGGAUUUAUGCGGACAAGAUGGUCUUUGAACGGCACAAUUGUUGACAUGAUAAAUAUCCAUUUAUUUCAUGAUGCCUCGAACUUUAUAGCCAUGGAAUCAUCUCCAUCGGUUUACUCUAAAAAUAGGCGAAGGGCGUUACAACAUACAUUACAAAAGUUUCAUAAUGACCAAUAUGAAAAUGCUCCCUACUUUAUUUUUGGGGACUUCAAUUUUAGGACUGAUACGGAUGGUGUUGUUAAGAAAUUGACUGAUGGUCUUAGGACAAUACGAGUACAAAAUAAUAAAAACAAUGAAUAUACCAAACUGCAGUUCAUGACUGAAGAUAGCAAGUUGGUACUGACUGUGGGUAAAAAAGAAUUCAACCAUUCUGACCAUCAGACUGUAUUUACUUCGGAAUGGCUCAAAUCCUUUGACAAGGAAUGUGAAGCUUUCGAAGAUACUUUAUGGGAAUUUCCAGUUAAGUUCCCACCGUCCUAUCCAUUUGAAGAAAAAAUUUCACAUGGUACUAUAUACAUGCAGACAAGAUGUCCGGCUUGGUGUGAUCGAGUGUUGUUAAGCAAAAGUGCAAAGAAACUUAUAAAAAAUGACACGGAUACAAAAUACGGUCUUAUGGGAAUCAAAACUUGCAUGGGUGACCACAAGGUAAUUUAAAUAAUUUCAUCAACAUUUUUUAGUGCUGAUGUUAAUCAUAUAUUUCGCUAGAAUUUUAUGUGAAUGUUUGAAAAUAAUAUAUUAUUUACUUUUCUUAUAUAUUUAGUUUGCACAGUUGUUCUUUUGGUAAAAACGGUUAGGUGACCCUUGAAUAAAUAAAACAGGAAUAAAUCACACACCUGUUUUUUUACUAUUUUUUAUUUUCCUUCCACAAAAAAAAAUUCAAUUAUCUACUACAGAUAUCUUAUAAACUGUUCAUAAUGUUGUCUAUUUUGCUCUGAAAAAUUCAAAGGCAUGCUAUAUACAGGGUGAGUCACCUGUAUUUAUACAGUUUAUAUUAUUGAAUAUUUGAUAUUAUAACCAUUUUUUUUACUUUUCCAGCCAGUAUAUCUCAGAAUAAAUCUCAAGGAAAAAGCAGGUAUAAAUGUAUGUUGUGAACACGCACCUUUUGCUUGCUUGCCUGACAGUUGCAAAUGUUAUCCAAUGUACGCUUCUGUUGAAAUAAAUAUAGUAGAUAUGGGUAUAUAUAAUAAUAGUAGCUUCCAGGAGUUGCCCAAACUCGAUUCCAAAUUGCUUCAAGAACCAAUCACCAGAAACAUGUUGUCCCACGAACCGUAUACCCCCGAAAGUGUUGAUUCACACAGUAAUUCUCCUUUGCAUAUGGAUAGGACAGAAUCUAUUUCUCCUUUACAAUUAAAAUCCAAAUUGGAAAAUAUAAUACGAAUGAAAUUAGAUAAAUCGACGCAUCUAAUGAAGAGGUCAGUCUCCGAGAAUGUCGAUGUGGAUAAACCUAAAAAUAUAUUCAGAACAAGAGCCAUGUCCGAGAUACCCAAAAACGCGUAUGCUCGUGUAAAAUUAAUACCCACAUCUCGCGCUGAAUCGUUGAAUCGAUUGCAAAGUCAUCAUAGCUCUUCUGAUGAAGAUUGGUUUGAGUUUGAGGAAGAAACUCGUAUAAAACGUUUGGAAGAUUGUUUCGAAAAUAUUCAUAAAAAUACUACUGUAGAUAUUCCUAUUUUUAUAGAAAAUGACCAUAAAAAGAAACGAUGUAGAUUAGGAAAGAAUAGGACUCGGACGAAAAUCAAUUGCUGUGCUAUAGUGUGAUUUUAAUAAAAUUUUAUCUUUUGCGAUGCUGUAGAAAAUUUAUGCUUGCAGUGUUGCAUUGUAGGAAAGACGGUGGAAUUUUGAAAAAAUUACUGAAGAAACAUUCACUUCUCCUAUUAAAACAAGGGUUAUUUAAUUUUAGUCAGGGGGAAAUAAUUGAAUGAUUAUUUCCAAUUGUUUCCAUCCGGACAAAUCAAUUGUUCUGGCAAAAUCGGACAAAAUUGAACAAAAUCGAUUAAACACAAAUGUAUUAUAUUAGUGUGUUGCUAUCAAAAACACAUUUGUUGCUUAAUUAGCGACUAUUGUAACAAUGUUAUCUAUUGCAAACAAAUUAACAUUAUAAAAUAAAAUAUAUUCAACUUUUAAACCAAACCUUACCAAAUUCAGGUGUAAAGUGUAGUAUGUAGAUCUACAUAACAAAAUAUUGAAAAUAAUUAAGAAUUGGGAAUGAUUAUAAAUGAUAAAUCACCUGAAACUGGUCGAGUUUUGUUUUCGAUUAUCUAUCCUUAUUUUUGUAUUACAAAAAAAUGUAUGAAACCAUAUCUCAGAAACAAAAAAUACCCAAUAAAACUAUGUGGUGGUGAACUAUUCCUACCGUAAACCAUUAACUUUAUUAUUGGCAUAUCUGCCACAUUUUUUAAAUAAAACUUAUAAAAAUGGCUUGAUAAACUCUUGCUUUAUUGGGAUUAACUUAAUUUACUUCCAAAAACUUAAAACUCAUAUACUUAUUAUAAAUUAAAAAAAAAUAUACACAGACCUUUAAACAGUAUAAUAAUAACAAAAUACAAGAUUUAGGGCAUUGUGCCGUUGUCAAGGAAGUCUCGUCGAGAUUGAAUAUGCGAGACCCGUCAGCAAAAGAUAGGCAUACCUACAUCUUUGUGUGCACGUUAUGUAAAUUGUCAAAAGAUGCUUCCAUAUUAGCACGAUUAAACGAAGGCCCUUGCCAAACUACAAUGGUUAGGUGAAUGUUGUGGAUGUAAAUGUUCGCAAUGAUCUCUUGGCCAUUUCUUUCUGCAAUCUAUGUUUGUUACACUAUAAAAGGUGUGUCCAUCGAACCACGUAAUUAAUUAAGGAUGUUACCUCUUCAGACGUAAACAUUCUAUUCAUUUCAUAAUUGGGUGUUAAUUUAACUGUAUCUCUGUAGUUUUUGCUGUUUUAAAAAUAGCGCCAAGUGUUGGAUAAGCAAGACCCGUCGAUUUUGUUACUUUUCUAUCCUAAGAUUAUGACGUGUUAGAUCAAGCGUCUUUUAUAUCAGAUAUAAAUUGAAAACAAAAUAAUUUUAGGCGAUAUCAACCUGUCGCUCUGCCGUUUCCUUCCACUGAAGUAAUUACCUAACUAAAUGCCACAAAGAAAUCACAAAACUAAAUAACCACGUUGUAACAAAAUUCCAGUGAAAUGUGUCUGAUAAUUUACUUAGAAUGCGCAAAUGAAAUAGUGCUUCCCACAGUCUCCUACGACACUCUGCAUAGUGACAUCUGAAAUGAUUUAUUUCGAAGUUUAAUGCAUGUCCUUAUUAUUGAGUUGCACUUUCUUUAAAAGAAACGGAAUCGGAGAAAUAUGAAAUGAUUCACUAUUUAUCCUGGUUAACUGUGAGACAGUUUAUCCUACACAGUCAAGCCUCGAUAUAACGAAUCUCAAGAGACCAAACAAAAAAUUCGUUACACCGAGUGGUGAAAUUUUGUUACAUCGAGAUUCAAAGGCACUUGCUUAUACUGCAUUAUAAAAUGUAUAGAAAAUAAAAUAAAUCUUCCAUUCUAUUUGCCAUAACGUAUAUAGUCGUACAUUUUUUUAUUUUAAGUCUGAAUUAAAGUCAAAAACUCAACAUUUUAAAUUUAAUGAAUAUUAAAUGUUAUACAUACAUAAUUACUCCACAUUCGAAUUUUUGUUUGAAACUGUCGCAAAGCUAACGAUUUAAGCGGUUAGUUCACCACUCAUGGCUAUAUUAUCAUUAAAAAAUGACGAAUUCUUCGAAUUUCACGGUUCACGGAUACUGAAACACGCAAUGAACUGAAAAUUAGACUAGACUUCUGUGACCAAACGUUCAUGUCUGGACAAGAUGUUAUGUUUUUUGCUUUAAUUGCAUAUAUGGAAACAAAGACGCAUACUGUUCAAUAAACUAGCAGUUAAAUUCGCUAUAUUGAGGUUCUGGAUAAGAAAAUUCGUUAUAUAGAAAAAGUUCUAGGGGGAUUUAAAAAAAUUCGUUAAAUCAAGGAAUUCGUUAUAUCCAAAAUUGAUUCUAUAGUAACAUGUAUAUAUUGGUAUUUUUUGAUAAUUUAUACUUACUUACCUAAUGGUAGGUAGUGAAAAAUAAAAUUCAGAGGCAGUAGCAAAAUGUUAAAUAUAAUCUGAUGUUCCUCAGCAAUUAUGCUCAUUUUAUAUCCACAACAUUGUUCCUUUUCUUUCAACUUAGUUUGUAUGUAACUGAAGUUGAAAAAUAUCUGCUAAAUACUUGCUGAUGAAGUUAUGCGUGAAGUUUAGGCAAAUUCACAUAACUUUUUAUUGGUCAUAUUUUUUGAAACCACUUUCUACUCUAUACAGGUGAGGGUUUCUAUAACACUUUUAACAUAAAGUCUUUCGUAGCGAUGUAAUAACGAGCUUUCUUUUAAUUUAAGAAUUCAAGUAUACAUCAAAUAUUUAAAAAUUUUCUAAUUGAACCUUGUACACACAAUUUAUUAAUUUAAGAUGUUUGAUUGAAUACUCAGCUUCCUUUGCCAAACCAAUAUUCUCUAUAAUGAAAAUCCAGCCGGCUGUUACAGCCAGGAAGCUGACGCAAUUUUGAAUUUUAUUGUUUUUCUUGAUGACAUUUAGCAACGUGGUGAUUACGAAAAAAUUUACCGACCUCUAUUCUUUGUUUCAGAAUAUUGUUAAUGCAAAUGUCUUGAUUAUUGUGAAUAUCUUUCUUAUUUUUCUGUAAAUAUUUCCCCAGUUUUGUCAUUUUAGCGUCAUUGUAGCUAAAAAAACUUUUUACUUACAUCCGAACUUUUGUUCAGCUUUCUCAACUCCAAUCACUCAUCUUCGAUUAAUGUUACACUUUUACCUUUCAAUCGUUUUUUAACUCUUUCGUACAUGGACUUUAUCCAAUAAUUCAACACCCACUUUUUUCGUAAUGGGAGGAGUAUAUCAUGGUCUUAAUAGUGAAAAAGUUCUUUUUUUAAUUGGAAUGACUGAAUGGUACAUUACUGGAAUAAAAAAAUUCUGCAGUGACAUAAUAAGAGAGAGAGAAAGAGUAAUGCUUUAUUGUUACAAUUUGUAGACAAAAGCCAAUGUUUUCUUCAUAUCGUUGAGGUUUCCAGAAGACAUUUCAUGAAUUGCGUUAUGCUUCGGCAGUCUUCAUAAAGAUAGUGUCAUUUAAAUUUUAUCUUGAAAUUCAUUAUCAUUUUCAAUAUAAGUUUUUUUUUCCAAUUACAUCAUCAUCUAGACUCUCAGAUCCUUAUUAUGCUAUUAUUACUACUCCACUAAUUUUUACUGCUUUUAAGCAUUUUGGAAAAUACAUUUUGAUCAAAAUGUUGCCUUAUGUUGUCAGUCUUUCUUCCUAAAUAAAUAAAAAUAUUCUGGUCAUAAAUUAAAAUAAAAAAGUAUGUGAUUUAGCAGGUUCGAACUAUGGACCUUUGUAUUGUACCGCUGAGCUAACUAAGACUCUGGUCUAUCAAAACUUUAAAAAAUCGAGUAGAACCGAAUCAAACUUCAAAUCUACUGUACUGUUCAUUUUAAAACAAGCAGCAAAUAGGUGCUAGAUACUAGAAGUUAGUGGCAAUUAAAUGUAAAAUCAGCACUUAGUUCUUGGAUGAUUCGGUUUUUCUUUAAAUACUAAUUACAGCUUAUGAUAAAUAUAGUUUGAAAAACUAAAAAACACUCUUUUAAAGCACAUCCACUAAAAAGUUGAGAAUAAUUUUUAAAGUAAGCUAUAACCAAAGCGUGUUUUUCUGUUUUUUAAACUAUAAUGAUUUAAUUGAUAUCACUCUCUCGUCGAUUCAUGAUAGAGAGCGCCUGAUUGGGCGAGAGCAUCACAUGUGGACUACUACAAUGAUCCAUUUUAGAUUCAACUUCUAUUAUAAUAAAAUCCCCAAUCUGAGGAUACCACAUAACGUCACUUUUAUUGGUUAUGCUGAUGAUCUUGCAGUUGUGGUCACCGGAGCAUCAGAAGAAUUACUGGUUAUCUUGACAUAUAUUGCAAUGCAUAGGUUAUCGGAGUAUAGAAAAGACUGAAGCUGUACUCAUGAUCGAUCGUAGGGCAGUUUGGCAGGUGACAAUAGAAGUAAAAAACAUACAUGUCGCAACUAAAUCAGAAAUAAGAUCUUGGAGUCUGCGUAGACGAGGGAUUUCCAUAUUUUGAAUACCUGCAAAAAACCUGAGACGUCUGCGAUAGACUUGUACUUCUUAAUGCAAAAUACCAAUGGUCCUAGUUCUGUAUCGAAAAUUCUUCAAUACGGUCACUCAAUCAUGUUGGUCUCAUGCACUAAUAUUCCAAAAAUACGGCAACUGUCUAGGAUAAUUCAAAGAAAACUAUCCAAUAGAAUCUGCAGCGCCUUUCGAACAGUAUCAGCGGAAGCAGUAGUUAGUACUACUGGCUUACUUGAUACCUAUAGACCUAAUGGUGUGGGAAAGAUGCUUGACCUAUGGGGAAGAUAAUUUAACUAAAAUAAAGAAGAAUGAGAUAUCCAUGGAAAGUUACCAAAGACGAGGGGACAGUAUGACAGACAAAGGUAGCUGUACAAAAACAUUAAUCCCUAAUAUUAAAAUUUGGCUCAUUAGAAAACACGGAUGUGUAAAUUAUCACGUGAUACAUCUACUCACAGGAAAUGGAUGUUUCAUGGCAUAUUUUCAGUUUCAAAAUUUCAGGCUCACCAAUGUGUCCUUAUUGUCCUGAAGUGAAAGAUACUACUUAGAACAACCAUACAAAAAAUCAGAAUCUUAUUUUAAUCAGAAAAUAUUGUUCAUAAAAUGAUAACUAGCGAGGAAGUAUAGAAAGCUGUAUCUAAUAUGGUUACAUAAAUAAUACAUUAAAAACAGAAAGAUUUAGUAAAGAAACCAAAAUAAGUCCUGUUGAUAAGCAAGGAGAGGGGGGGGGUUAGUGGGUAAAAAUUCCACAUAUCCUCGCAAUUCCAGAAUACCGAGAUCUCUUUUAAAGAUUUUCCCUUCCACAAAAAAUACCUACAUCUCUUGUAUUGAGCCAUAACGGUGUAGUUGAUAAGGUUAUCAAAUGCUUCAGACAAACUUAUUGCUUUAGUUAAUUUGAAUGCUAAGGAGCAUGUUCCCAAAAAUUCGGAAACCGUAUACACAAAAAAGUUUCUUCAAUCCUUGCUAAACAUUACCAUGUCUUUGACUUUGAUCCCUAUAUAUUUUUUCAAAGCCAAAUGAGAAAAAAAUAACCAUUUAUGGUAUUUUCGUAUGUAUAUAAUAUAAUAUAGACAUGUAUUUUGAGCUGCUAAAAAAAUUCAAUUGUGUCCGUUUUUUGUACAAAAUAACAACCCUGGUUUUAUAUGCUAUUCUAAAAACAAAUCUUGUACAAGACAAUUGUGAGUAUUGUGCUUAAAACACAAUAACUUAUGUUGUCACAUAUUUGCUUUCCAAACCAGCUUUAAAAUUUAUAGGAAAAUUGAAUGUAGUAACACGCGAUAGUGUAUAAGAACUAAUAAAUAAACAUCAAUUGUUAAGUCAAUGACAUCCAAGCUUUUUCUCUACGGUGCAGAUAUUAAGUCUUCCCUCACCUUAGAAAUCUCCGUUAUUUUAGACAAAUGAAAAAUCCUAAACACGUCAAUUUUUUAUAUAGUAAAGGAGGUCGUGCCAUACUUCGUUGGAAAGGGUUUGAAAAGCAGAACUCAAAAAUGUAUCAAACUUUGCUUCAAUCACAAAUACAAAAACUUUACACUGGAUUUGCUUUAAUUUUGGUCGAUACAACAAAAAUUAUCUAAUUUCGAUUGUUGAACGCUUAUAACGAUCUAUUUUCUUCGAAUAAAUAUUUUUAUAUUUUUUAAUCCUACGGUAGCUAGAACACUUUUUUAAAAAUCUUAGUGUGUCUUGAUAAUUUAUUGUUGAUAAUAUUGACAAGAGUAAAGUGAAAUUAGCACUUGCAAUUUGGUGACUUUAUUAUCCACAACAAUGAGAAUGGUUUAGCAGAAAAAUGUUAAGCAUCUCUAAUAUUUAGUAAAGCAGGCCGUAACUACCAUGAAGUCUGAGAAUAUUAAUUGAACGUUUUCCAGAUCGUCCAAUUGAUCGAUAUUACUAUAGACUAUUUGUCACAAAAUUUUUGAAACUGGUUCUAUAGAAAACAAGAAACGGGUUGGUAGAAAAAAAGGUGUCCGAGGAAAAACAAGCAGAUGUUUUGGCUAUUUUGUAGUAAAUCCAUCCAGUUCAAAUAGAAACUUUGCUAGCAAAUGCGAAGUAAGUCACAGAAGCGUUUUAAACAUUUUAACAAUCCAAAAAUUUUAUCUAUAUAAAUUGAAAAUGACGCAUGAAUUGACAAGUGGGGAUCAAGAUCAACGACUGCAAUAUUGUAAAACUAUUGAUAAUAGUAUUUCGCAAGAUCCAAAUUACUCAAGACAUUUGUUUUUCUGAUAAAGCUAUAUUUUAUUUAAAUAGUCAUGUACAACGACAAAACAUCAGAUAUUUGUCUGACUGAAAACCUUCGAAUGUUUCGAGAGUAUCAUACUCAAUUUCCAAAUAAAUUAAACGUUUGGGCAGGCAUAGCAGUCCCUAUCUUUACCGACGAAAAUUCAACGGGAGAAACAUAUCUUAACCUAUUAAAGACACAAAUAGUCUCUGUAAUUAAUGAUGUAGUUAGAAACAAUGCAGAAGAAUUCACUCAGGAUAUUAUUUUUGGAGAAUUUUGUAAAUAAUAAAACUAGAAAAUCAAAGUUAAACGUUGUUCAAUGUGAAAAGAAACUUGCGAUUUCAUAUUCAAGGAAAUUAGAUUAACAGUUCCCUAGCUGCAUCACCGAGGUCCAGAUGUCUUUUCUUUGGUUCAGGUCUCAUGUUCGUUAUAAAAGGAACCGAAGUCUCCAAUAGCUUUUGGAACAUAUCUUCGUUGGUAGAUAUACGAGAUAUUUUCCGCGAGUUUCUGAACCUUGUAAGUCUUGUAAUUCUUAUUCCUACUUUCUUACAAUAUACCGACUGGGAGAAUCGACUAUCGAAUAUACUAUUUCAACUCCAUGCAAUAAAAUUUUAUGCGCCGUGGCAUCUCUGCUGUUUCUUUUAACAGCUUGAAUGUUUCUGGGUCAAUCAUUGCAUUGCUAUUUAUUACUUCCAGUAUGGCAACGAUCUGAUGAAUUAGAGUUUCUUCAACUUCAGUUAUAGUACCUGUGGCAUUGCAAUUAUUGAAAAGACAUCGUGCAGUGUUGUUAUUAUUUGAAGAUUCGUAACUAUGUAAACUCGUAAACAAAGUCGACUUUCUUAAGAAACUCUUGUUGAAUACGUUUCUUUUCCUUUUCGUUCAUUACUUAUGUGUCUUUUUUAGCCAUUAAUUUUUCAAAAUUUUUGUUGUAGGCAAUGUGAAGGAUGUAUUCCAUUCACUUGAUUGUGGCGUGUAAUGGAGAGACCCAAAUUCGAGUUUUGUUGGAUUUUUGUUAGGUCGUUAAUUUCCCAAGGUAAAGCAUUACAUAUGUAGCAGGCACUUACAGACUUCGUAUUUGUAAUGGCUUGAGCUACUUUGCCAUCCAAUAGGGAUGAUAUUAAUGCCAAUCACCACUUCCAACUUCUCUAUUUCCUCUUUAACCCGUUUUUUUUUCAACUCGCGCCAAAUCAAAUGUAUAUUUUUGGAAUCUAGGGCCUGCAAAUCCUCUAGAUGAAGGUCAGCCAUUUUGACCAAAAUCAAUUGAAAUUUUAAGCUUCAAGGAACUAUUGACGUCAUGAUUAAAUUCAAGUCAAUUAUUUCGUUGUCAUUGAUCGAAUAUUUUUGGGCAAACUCGUUUUAGCAGAACCGUGGAUUCAUUGAAUGGCCACCGAGCUCACCAGAUCUGACUUCUGUAGAUUUUUACCUAUGGGUUAUCUUACAUCCAAAGUGUAUGUGAGCCAUUCGACAGCACUUGCUGAACUCGGUAAAAAAAUAAUGGAAGAAUGUUAUAGGAUUGAUAUUCAAACUACAAAAGGUUAGGGAGGUAAUGAAACAAAGGAUCUACUCCUACUAGGAAAUAAAUGUAGCCCUUUUUAUUUCAAAGAAUUGUUAUCUUAUAUUUUAAUAAUUUUUAUUAAUUAAUAGUUUUAUCCAAAAUUUAAAAAAUGUACAUUUUCUAAUUCUGCUCUUAAAACCCUUUCCUACGAAGUAUAGCACAACACCACUUGAACAAAUCUGAGGGGAUAGUUGUCAAGAGUAUGGGGUUGAAGGAGUGGCAAUUUUUUGUAUAUUAUAAAACAUCUCCAUUAAAUGAAAAUUGACGGGGUAAGACUUAAUAUCCGCACCGUAUAAUAUUGGAAUAUAUUUGGCAUAUUUUCGUUUAAUAAUUUUUUUUUGCGAUGUGCCAUAUUAGAUUUCUAUGGAAUACUAUUUAAACUUUUGAAUAAUAUUUACCACGGCUCAAUAUAUUUGAUAGUGAUAACAAUUGGAUAUUACUGUGAAUCAAAGAAAGACAAAUUAAAAUAAUUACACUGGUCUACAAAAAAAUUUUUGCUACCCUUAUUAUUGUAUAAGAUCAUUUUAGAUAUGAUAUUUUUCAAUAGAAACUUGGUUUUAAGGAAUAUGUACCACGUAUAUAUUUUUGUAGAGGAAUGUUUGAAGAAAACAAUUUUUUGUUUGAAAAUUAAAUCAUUGUUUUGAUAAUUAGGACAAAACAUUACAUAUAAUCACACGAAAAACAUUAAAAAUCAUAAGACAAUGUAAUUACACAUUGUUUAUAUUAUUUCGUUGUUUGUUUUCUUUUCAUUUUCUAGUUUCAAGACGAAUCAACCGCCCAAAAUUGCCAAGUAUUACUUCCAAUCAUUUUCCGUUAUAGCUCCUCUCAUAUAUUCUAAUGAAAUCAUACACCGUGCUUAUCAGAUACCGCUCCUAAAUUCUUAGGAUAGAAAUCUAAGAGAGAUUCCAAAAAAUGAAUUGCAAGUGAUGUAAUUUAACGCUUAAGACAAAAGUUCUUGUAUGAUUACCUUCUAGUUUUUUUUGGUUUUCAAGAAAAUUACGACAGACUUUAACAAAAGCGGUCAUGCCAUUUUUCUGAGCAGGCAGCUUAAUUUCAAAAAUUGAGUUUUUCUUGGAUGUCUCCCAUUCUUAUUAAUGGCUUUCACUGAAUUUUCCAUUAGACCUAGCUUUUAAAGAUUAUUGGGAGAAAACUUUAUUUUAACUAAAAGUUCUUCAUUGCCUCUCCACCGUCUUCAUAUUUUCCAUUUUCUUCCUGGUAAGAGUCGCUCUUCAAUCUAAUUCAUUGUUCCUUUCGGAUAUCAUGGCUGAUGCUUUUUCCUGAACCUGUUUAAUCCAUCAUUAUCAUCCGUUUCGUCCUCCAUAAUCUCCAAAUUUCUAUUGUUUGUUACUUUAUUUAACUGCGUGUCGGUUACACUAUGUGGCAGAGAUUUUGAAAUAUGCGAAAGUUUCACCUUGUACGGUGCAUAUUUUUUCUUUUGCAUUGUUCACAUCUAGAAAGAAUUCUUCGACGGAAUCGACAGUAGGUAGGGUAGCUAUAAUCUCAUUGUCCACAUCUUCAAAACUUCAUGCGGAGGCGAAGUUAGUAGCACAAUUAUUUUUUAAACUACUAGUCCAGAUUCAUUCACCUCGCCUUUUCAGAUUUAUUAUUUUUUAGACUUUGAUUGUUCAACAAAAACUAGUACUAACUAGUAGUUGUUUACUACGUUACAAUUAAUUUUGUUAUUCAUUUUAAACAAUUUUAAAACUCUAACAACACAAAACCAACUCAGUGUGGGUUAAUUUUGGUUAUGACAAGUAUCAACGGCAAUACACAUGAGGGGAGUACAACAAAAGCUCCAUAAUAAUUUUAUUUCAUAUUUGUAGCAUGUGCGAGGGGGGGAGAAGGGUAUGGAUUGCCGUUGUGAAAUAACACAUCUUUUAAACUGAUUUUGGAUUAAUCAAUAGAAAUUUGCCAUUUCUCUAAGCCUUCAGUUUAGCAACAUUACAAAAUAACAAAUCAUUUGGUGAAAUAGAGUCUUCUAGUUGCUUACAAAAAUAAGAGACUCUCGCAUUUUCAUUUAAACAUUCCAUUAUUUUAAUCUUGACCCAAAAAAUUGAAUCUUUGAUUUUGAGAGUCCCAAAUCCAGAAAUAGAUCAUUUAAAUUAUACACAAUAAGGUGAGUUUUUCAUAAAUCUCUGGAUAAAAUUGAGGAAAUACUCGAUGUACUAACUUGCUAGACAUUUUCAUUACAGCCUGUCAUUAUGAAUGACAGAAUGGCAUGGUUCUCACUUCCCUCAAAUCCUUGAAAAAUUGGAGAUCUUAACAAAACUCCUACAGAUUCUGUAUUUUUCUCCAACCCCCUUAUCUUGGUAAACUCACCUGCUAUCUUGAGGAUAAUUAAAAAAAACUAUUCGAGAACUAGGACAAUAAACAAUGACAUUUAUUUAAAGUACAUAUACAUUUUGAUAAAUUACAUCAUUUCUUGCAGAAAAAAACGAAACACCGUGAAUGUGUGGAAAUGUUCCAUUCGUUUCCGGUUUCUAUCGAAAAUGAACCAAAUCGAAUGGAACAGCAUAGAUAUGAAACAGGCAUAAGUGAAAGAAUGACUCAUAAAAAAAGAGAGUAUCAAGGUAUUAAAAAUAUAUAUGUGGUAAUAUGUUAAGCUCUUGAUAUAUUUUUAUUUAAAAGAGCAUUCGUUGCAGACCAGUGUUAGGUAUCUAUUGCCGAAGUUCCGCCGAAUUUCAGCUACCAGUUAUAUUUUUUAUUUUAUAUAAUUUUUCUAAUUUUUUUGUGUUUUUCUGUAGAGUUGUGCGCUAUUCUGUGAAUUUGAUUAGUCGUGACUAAAAUAUUUUUUCAUAUUUACUCCACAAUUAGGCUUACAUUUAACUCAACACAACAGUGAAAGCGUGAUGGAUGUCAAGAAAGUAGAGGACAUUAUGGAUGCCGCCUCGGUUACUCGCUAUAUUUACUUGGAAAAUAUUGAUAAACCUGUAAAGAUAUAUAGAGAAACUGCUGUUUGAAAGCCUACCUAUCUUGUUUUGUUUCUAAAGUUGGAACGUUUUUAUAAAGAUAUUAAAAAAACUAACUACGAAUCCAAACAUUAUGAAUUUCAAUAAGGCCAGAUAUUGAAUACUGAAUGUAUUUAGAAAAUUUCGAAUUUUUAAUAGAGGCAUAGUUUUUUUCAAAUUUUUGUGGAUGAAAGUCUGUUGAAAUUGUGAAAGGUAGGUUUCGAAUAUAUAUAAGUACAAUGAUAAAAUUAAUGAGUAUACUAUGUUUACAGUAUACACAAAAUAUAAUUUGACAUUUACAAGUUGCAUAUUUAUACCAAACAAUAGAUCACAACCAAAAAUAAAAAUUUGUUUCAACUUCACUAAAAAAAAUGAUCAUUCCUUAAUGGUCAUAACACAAGAGAUAAGUAACCCUCAUUAAAAUUAUUCAGAGUUCUAUUGAAAUUUAUAAAGCAGAAUCUAAAAUUUUGUUCAACUUUUUUAGGUUUCUUUUGUCAUUGGUAGCUUUCUCGUUCCCAAGUUUACAAACCAUUUCUUAAAACUUGGUUUUUCUUCUAUUUAUUGUACUCUUUUGGAAGGAUUUUCAAAGUUUUUUGUGUUAAUUCGUAGUUUGUUUAUUGUUUUUAUUGUAUUGAUAAGUUAAUAUAUAAUACAAUCUAUUUUCUAAAUAUUGAGAUGACUGUCCUAUGUAAACAGCGGACCAGGACCGGACCAGGAGGAAUAGAGAUUUAGAGGACGGUGACUAGGAGGACAGAUAUAGAUGGAGAACACACAUUAUAGGGGUAGGGUAGAGUGAUUAUUCGUUCAUUGAUAAGAGGUGAUCCGAUUCUGUGUCCUCAAUCUUACUUGGAAUUUAUAAAUUGCAGUUUAGUGCAAAUAUGUUGAAAUUAUGGAUGAUACUAGUGUUUACAACGGUGAACCAAAUAGAUCACAUCUUAAUAACGAAAAGAAAUUACUAGAUGUAAGAUCAUACAUAGGAACAGACUUAUAAUCGUAUUGACAUUAAUAAUGUUAAAUAUAGAGAACAAGACGAUAAAAAACAGAAAAUGAAAAGUGCAGAAACCGUAAAGGAGUGAAGACGAAUACAGAGAGGAGAAGCAACUAAAAAUAGUAUAAUAUUGAUGAAGAAAGGAAAGAGAUAAAAAAGAGUGUUAUAAAUGCAGCGUAUAAAAGAUACAAGGAAAAACAAUUGAUUAUUUGAUCAGAUAUGUAUAUAAUUAAAAAUUAAAGAAAUUUAAAAAUUGAAGAUGGAAAGAAGCUAUCUUGAAAUGCUAUAUGAUCUAUAUGAAAAAUAUAAAAAAUAAAUACAAAUAUAAUAAAAAAA